UUGAAAUCUGAAAUAUGGUUUAAAGAAUGCAGAUAGGUCUACUCUGUCCAGGAACAAAAACAAAACAUAUGGAGAGUCUUCAACUACACGAGUCAGUAGCAAACAAAGACCAUUGAAUUUUUUAUCAAGUAAAAUAGAGUUUUCCUGCCGUCUGUUAACAAUUCAAAUUCAACCCACCAUAACCCUAAACUUUCACAGAAAAUCAGCUGUCCAAAAAGUCUUUUAUAGAUCUCAACGACCAUGACAUACAAGAGGAUAAGUUAAUUGACCUUAAACAAUGCAGAAACAGAGUCCUUAUCAGCUCAUGGGCUUACAAAAAAACAUCACAUCCUCCAAAACUUCACAGCACACCGACACUUAGAAUAUGCUCAAUCUCAUCUCCUUCCAAAAUAUGUAACUUCCCCACAACAUUAUUCCAAGACUUUGAAAAUCAAGUUUUACAGGCUCCCUUCAUAUUUUUGGGUAAUAUUCUCUCUUUCUUCCUCCUCUCAAACACAAAUUUUGCGUAAGUCGCAAUGACCAUCGAAGAACCAGAGCCAAAUCCCACAACAGAUCAUGUCGUAGACUGGCUCGAGGACUCGGUGUCGUUUUUCUCAUCACUCUUGGAUGAUCCUUAUUCCGGGGAUAUCAGUACAUGCUGGUGGGAUCAAAGUCAAGAUGCAGGGCAUGAUUUUAUCAACACUAGUACUACUUCUUUCAAUAGCAGCACAACCUACUGCACAAAUAACAUUACAACUAGUCCACCGCCAGCUGAUUCAGUCGUCCCUAAAAAUUCACCCCCGUCGGAUUCGUCCAAUAAACGGAAAGCCCCAGACGACCAAGUUCUCAAAGCAUCUCUAAGUCUUCAUCAGAGAAAGAGUAAUGGUCGUCGGAUAAACAAAGAGAGAGAUGGCGACGGAGUAGUCCAAGAAGUUGUGGCAGCUAAGAAAUCAAUGGGGAACAAGAAAAGUACUGGAAAGGCCACAGGCAACAACGGUAAUAACAAGGAAGGGAGAUGGGCAGAACAAUUGCUGAAUCCCUGUGCUGCAGCCAUCACAGCAGGCAACUUGUCGCGAGUUCAGCACCUUCUUUAUGUUCUCCAUGAGCUUGCCUCUUCAACUGGAGAUGCCAAUCACAGGCUAGCGGCUCACGGACUCCGAGCCCUGACUCACCACUUAUCCUCCUCCACUUCCUCCUCCUCUCCCCCUAUUGGAAAUACCACUUUUGCUUCUACAGAGCCAAGAUUCUUUCAGCGAUCCUUGCUGAAAUUCUACGAGGUUAGUCCUUGGUUUUCCUUCCCCAAUAACAUUGCUAACGCUUCCAUCCUCCAGAUUCUCAGUGGAGAAUCUGAUCAAACACGUAAUCUUCACAUUCUUGACAUUGGAGUCUCACAUGGUGUACAAUGGCCUACACUUCUUGAGGCCUUAACUCGUCGAUCUGGAGGACCGCCUCCACUCGUACGUAUCACAGUGGUCUCUGCCACCAUUGAAGCACAUCAAAACACUGAGACCCCAUUUUCAAUAGGUCCACCAGGUGAUAACUUCUCAUCAAGACUUCUUGCUUUUGCAAAGUCCAUGAACAUCAAUUUACAAAUAGAUAAGCUUGAUAACUAUCCUCUGCAAAAUCUUGAUGCACACAUCAUCAACACAUCAAGUGAUGAGACCUUGAUAGUUUGUGCGCAAUUUAGGCUCCAUCAUUUAAACCACAACAUACCUGAUGAGAGGAGUGCAUUCUUCAAGGCCUUGACAAGCUUGGAGCCAAAAGGAGUCAUACUUGGUGAGAACAACAUGGACUGUAGCUGCAGUACUUGUGGAGAUUUUGCAACUGGAUUCGCGCAGCAAGUGGAGUACUUGUGGAGGUUCUUGGACUCAACGAGUUCAGCAUUCAAGGGGCGAGAGAGUGAAGAGAGGAGGGUACUGGAGGGAGAAGCAGCUAAGGCUAUGACGAAUCCCAGCGAGAUGAAUGAAGGGAAAGAUAAAUGGUGUGAAAGGAUGCGAGGAGCAGGGUUUGUUGGCGAGAUAUUGGGAGAGGAUGCCAUCGAUGGAGCUCGAGCUUUGUUGAGGAAGUAUGAUAGUAACUGGGAGAUGAGGGUGGAAGAGAAAGAUAGGUGUGUAGGGUUAUGGUGGAAAGGGCAGCCUGUUUCAUUCUGUUCAUUGUGGAAGUUGAAUAUGAAACUUGAGGGUAGUUAAAAUAGUUAUGGCACUGUGUGUUUUUCUCUUACUGUCUCUAUGUAUAAACACUCAGGAUUGACUCAUGUACAAAAUUGUUGUCACCUUGACUUUGUUAAAAGCACCAGGGGAGAGUUUAUCAUAUAUAUUUCUCAAGAGAAAUGAGGAAAGGUUGCUUGAA